AUGACCCAAGAGCGACUGUGGCAGGUCCUAGAUCCGUUGUGGGGACACCCUCGCACCCUCUCAGCUCUGCUCUGCAGUUCAGCUGCAGCCGCUGUGCUACUGAAAUGGCUGGGACGCAGGCAGAUCCAGCAGAAGAUGAAGGAGGCGAGGAGGACACGGGAUCUGGCCCUGGAACGAAUGGAGAAGGCAGUUCACAGGUUUAAGCGAGAGAACCCAGGCACCCAGACUGCACAUGUCCUCUCACUGACGAUGGUGGAGCUGGUGGAGAAGCUGAAGGAUGGGUCCCUGCCCCCAGAAAAUGUCCUCUACUCCUACAUGGGCAAAGCUUUGGAGGUGACUCGGGAAGUGAACUGCGUGGUAGACUUCAUUCACGGCUGUGAGGAUCAACUCCAGAAACUGAAGCAGCAGAAGGAGAAGGGGCUGCUCUACGGCAUUCCCAUCAGUAUCAAAGACCACAUUAACUGCAAGGGCCACAUCUCCUCUGGAGGGAUGGUGAAGUUUCUCGGCCAAGUGAUGGAAGAAGACAGUGUCAUCGUCCAGGUUCUAAAAAGCCAGGGGGCAAUCCCCUUUGUGAAAACCAACAUUCCACAGACAAUGAUAAACUACGACUGCAGCAAUCCCAUCUUCGGCCAGACCUUGAACCCCCUCAACCACCAGAAGAGCCCCGGGGGCUCCUCGGGAGGGGAGGGAGCUCUGAUCGCAGGGGGAGGCUCCAUGCUGGGCAUCGGCUCAGAUGUAGCUGGCAGCAUCCGCCUGCCGUCCAGCUUCUGCGGGCUGUGUGGGCUCAAACCCACGGGUGACAGGAUCAGCAAACUGGGUGUGGUUUCUUCUAUCACAGGAAUGAAAUCAGUGACUGGAGUGCUGGGGCCGAUGGCAAGGGAUGUGGACAGCCUGGCCCUCUGCAUGAAGGCACUGCUCUGCCAGGAGAUGUUCCGGCUGGACCCCACCGUACCCCCCAUCCCCUUCGAUGAGGAGGUUUAUACCAGUUCAAAGCCACUUCGGAUUGGGUAUUAUGAAGGAGAUGGCUACUUCCAGCCCUCACCCAGCAUGAAACGAGCCAUCCAGCAGACAAGAAAGCUGCUCCAGGAUGCAGGGCAUACGCUUGUUCCCUUUGCACCGCCCAAGAUUGACUACGUGGUAGAUGAGCUGUUCACCAGAGGGAUUUUCUCAGAUGGUGCUGCUCACAUGGUGGAUUGCUUCAAAGGAGACUUCGUGGAUCCCAACCUGAAAUCUCAGUUCAAUACUUACAGGCUUCCUGCUCUGGUGAAAAGGAUCUUGGCUAUCAUUCUGAAACCCAUAUACCCACGAAUCGCUCGGGAUCUCGACGCUCUCCGUGGAGUGGGGUCUGCCAAAAACCUCUGGGAUCAGCAUGCAGCAGUGGCGGUUUACCGCACUGAAUUCAUUGCUAAAUGGCGGAAGCUAAGGCUGGAUGUGAUUCUUUGUCCUGCAUUGGGGCCAGCCUUUAACCAUGGCUACGCUGGGAAGCUAUUUGCUGCAACCUCCUAUACCAAUUUAUACAAUGUCUUAAACUUCCCUGCUGGGGUGGUGCCGGUCAGCACGGUCACAAGAGCCGACGAAGAAGAGCUGCAGCACAAGGCUGUGGAAGGAGCCGUGGGGCUGCCGGUGGCCGUCCAAUGCGUGGCUCUGCCGUGGCAGGAGGAGCUGUGCCUUCGCUUCAUGAAGGAGGUGGAGACACUUGCCCACGGCAUGAAGAGAAAUGUGUGA